AUGGUGCACAAAAAGGCGUAUCUCUGGCUGUUUGCUGCACUUUCACAAGCGCUUCCCAUAGAGGAAACAAAGACAGUUGCCACUGAGGUGUCGACAGUGGACCCUUCCCACUCUGUACUUCGGCUGGCUCUCGAAGCCACCGACACGCCCAUGAACCGAGAAAACCACAAAGCAACUGCUGGCAAAGACGUCGGUCGCAUGAUUGGCGAAAAUAAGGCAUCACUGAAUCUGGCUGGUCAGCUGACAGGUCAGAUGCGAGGCCAGAUGAGCAAGUUGGAAAUGCAUCUGGCUGGUGCCGAAGUACAGCAGGGGUUUGCAGAACCGCCUCCCCAGCAUGUGUGGGUCGAAGGCUUUCUGGACCCCAAGGACAAGGAUGAGCUGAAGGCCCUAAUCCUGGAAUCUAUGAAGGAAAAAAUCAGAACUGCCCGAAAGCAGGACGCAGAGAAGGAUGAGAAAGCACAGCAGAAGGUUCUCGAGGAACUGUGGUACGGUUCGGAGGACUCUAAGCGACAAGAGGAGGAUGAACGCACCCAGAAGAACAAGGUGCAGCGUCAAUAUAACUACGACUUGCUGAAACAUGAACAGGAGAAUGGACUGGCCAAUCUAAAGGACAGAGUGAACAAGUUAAAGGAUUCAGAUUACUUCGAGAAGCAUUCGAACAGAAAAAACGACAUCUCUGUCACUCUUGUGACCCCGGUCGACGCAUACCAGCAGGAGGGAGUGGAGAAGACGCGUACCAAGGACAACAGAAAGCAAUAUUGUGAUUUGCAUGAGCAUAACAAGGUCAAAUGUGUCUUUGUUGAGGUCGAGACCAAGCCCAACCCCGCAUCUAACCCUCACUCUCCAGCAGGAGGAGGCUGGCAACCUAAGUAUGACGCUGCUCUGAAGUAUCUGGAUGCUAUCAUCUCCGUCAUGGCUAAGGCUGAGCAGGUACCUCUAAUUGGAACUGGACCUCUCGAGGCUCUGGAGCAGAUCAAAGGCGAUUCCAAAUUCAACCAGGAGCAGGGACAUGAGGAGUGGCUAUGGAUGCUGGACAACAACGCCUACAUCACUCAUCCUUCUGUUGAUGUGGCAUCAUGGGUCCUGGACCCGGAGGUGCUGGCUGAGAUGGCCCUUCCAGAUAGACAACUGCGGCAUGGAGAUGGCUACUACGAUAAGCGUGCCAAGACUGAAGCGAGGACAAAGGAGGAAGAAGAAGGUGACACCCGAAAGAGACGACUGGAAAACGAUCCUAUUAUGGUCAUUGCUCUGGACAAUGAAGGUGGAUUCGACCUGUCGUCCUUCUUUCUAAGAAAGUCGAGAUACACCUACGAGCUGCUUCAUCUGUGGAGAACUUAUGCUUCAGAUAUGAGCAAGGACUCCGAUCUGCAUAAAUAUGACGGCCGAUCUAAUGCUCGACUUAAAAAUGCUCUUUACACCGUGUUUGUGCAUCACCAGCAUCUCAGAGACAGAGUGGCUGUGGUUCCCUCGAGAUUGAUGGCGGGUCAGACGUACCAGCGAACACUAAAGGAUGCUGCUGUCAAGGACCAGCUUGAGGGUAUCGACAAACCUCAAGAGACCGAGCAGAUGGAUAAGGUGAUGGUUCCUACGGAGAUUGCCCAGCAGAACCAGUGGAGCAGUGGAGAUUUCGUCGCCACUCUUCCCCGAGAGUGUCCCGAGAACCUCAAGGAGCAUUGCGCUAAAUACACAUUUUUCUGGGCUGCUGCUAGUUUAGCCAAUGAAGGUAACCACUGA